CUGCGCGGGAGGCGCCGGCGGCGGGAGCCCCAGAGGGCAGGAACUGGCCUGCCAGCUGGGCACCAAGCCGCCGCGCCCGCCAAUGCGGCCCAGCCCACGGAGAGCCAGGCCCGCAGCAAGCCCAUGUGGGCCGGUGGUGUGGGAAGCCCUCGGCGGGGCGUGGCCCCGACACCCACCGAUGACCUCUUCGCUCGCAAACUGCGCCAACCAUCACGGCCCCCACUGACACCACACACCUUCGAGCCAAGGCCAGCCCGGGGCCCACUCCUUCGCAGCGGCAGCGACGCAGGCGAGACCCGGCCCCCCACACCGGCCAGCCCUCGAGCCAGGGCCCACAGCCACGAGGAGGCCAGCCGCCCUGCAGCAACCCCCACCCGGCUCUUCACUGAUCCACUGGCACUGUUGGGGCUGCCGGCCGAGGAGCCUGCGCCUGCCUUCCCCCCAGUGCCCGUGCCCCGCUGGUUUGCCCACUAUGAUGUGCAAAGCCUGCUCUUUGACUGGGCUCCAAGGCCAUGGGGCCCUGGGGGCCCUGCAGAAGCCAGCUCUGGAACCCUGGCCUUGGCCGAGGACCAGGUUGGCAGCUCGGACCUGCUGCUUGGGGCACCUGGCUUUGUGAGUGAGCUCGGGGGCGAGGGGGAGCUGGGCCUGGGUGGACUGGUAUCUCCGCCUGUGCCCCCCGCGCUGCCCAAUGCAGCCGUGUCCGUCUUGGAGGAACCACAGAACCGAAGCUCAGCCUACAGCUUGGAGCACGCAGACCUGGGCGCCGGCUACUACCGCAAGUACUUCUAUGGCAAAGAGCACCAGAACUUCUUCGGACUGGACGAGGCGCUGGGCCCAGUGGCAGUGAGCCUGCGGCGGGAGGAGAAGGAGGGCAGCGGCGGGGCCACCCUGCACAGUUACCGGGUCAUCGUGCGGACCACCCAGCUCCGGACCCUUCGUGGGACCAUCUCGGAGGACGUGCUGCCGCCAGGCCCUCAGCGUGGCCUGUCCCCAAAGAAACUUCUGGAGCAUGUGGCCCCUCGGCUGAGCCCCACCUGCCUGCGCCUGGGCUCAGCUUCACCAAAGGUGCCUCGCACGCUGCUCACCUUGGACGAGCAAGUGCUGAGCUUCCAGCGCAAGGUGGGCAUCCUGUACUGCCGGGAGAGCCAGGGCUCGGAGGAGGAGAUGUACAACAACCAGGAGGCCGGCCCAGCCUUCAUGCAGUUCCUCACCCUGCUGGGCGACGUGGUGCGGCUCAAGGGCUUUGAGAGUUACCGGGCCCAGCUGGACAUCAAAACGGAUUCCACGGGCACGCACUCCCUCUACACCACAUACCAGGACCACGAGAUCAUGUUCCACGUGUCCACGAUGCUGCCUUACACCCCCAAUAACCAGCAGCAGCUGCUGCGCAAGCGCCACAUCGGGAACGACAUCGUGACCAUCGUGUUCCAGGAGCCGGGCAGCAAGCCCUUCUGCCCCGCCGCCAUCCGCUCGCACUUCCAGCACGUGUUCCUCGUGGUGCGCGCGCACGCGCCCUGCACGCCGCACACGUCCUACAGGGUCGCCGUGAGCCGCACCCAGGACACCCCGGCCUUCGGGCCCGCCCUGCCCCCGGGCGGCGGCCCCUUCCCGGCCAACGCCGACUUCCGCGCCUUCCUGCUGGCCAAGGCGCUCAAUGGCGAGCAGGCGGCCGGCCACGCGCGCCAGUUCCACGCCAUGGCCACGCGCACGCGCCAGCAGUACCUGCAGGACCUGGCGACCAACGAGGUGACCACGACGUCGCUGGACUCGGCCUCGCGCUUCGGACUGCCCUCCCUGGGCGGCCGGCGGCGGGCGGCCCCUCGGGGCGCGGGCGCCGAGCUGCAGGCGGCGGGCGCGCUGGUGUGGGGCGUGCGCGCGGCGCCGGGGGCCCGGGUCGCGGCCGGGGCGGAGACGGGCGGCCCCGAGGGCCCCGAGGUGCCCUGCCUGCUGGGCAUCUCCGCGGAGGCGCUGGUGCUGGUGGCGCCGCGCGACGGCCGAGUCGUCUUCAACUGUGCCUGCCGCGACGUGCUGGCCUGGACCUUCUCCGAGCAUCAGCUCGACCUGUAUCACGGCCGCGGGGAGGCCAUCACGCUGCGGCUCGACGGGCCCCCGGGGCAAGCUGUGGGCGAGGUCGUGGCGCGCCUUCAGCUGGUGAGCCGCGGCUGCGAGACCCGAGAGCUGGCGCUGCCCCGCGAAGGCCAAGGCCGCCUGGGCUUCGAGGUGGACGCCGAGGGCUUCAUCACGCACGUGGAACGCUUCACGUUCGCCGAGACGGCGGGGCUGCGGCCCGGGGCGCGCCUGCUGCGUGUGUGCGGCCGGACGCUGCCCAGCCUCGGCCCCCAGGCCGCUGCCCAGCUGCUGCGCUCAGCGCCCAAAGUCUGCGUCACCGUCCUGCCCCCCGACGAAAGCGGCCGGCCCCGCAGGAGCUUUUCGGAGCUGUACACGCUGUCUCUGCAGGAGCCCAGCCGGCGGGGGGCCCCUGAGCCGGCGCAGGAUGAGGCCCCGGGGGGAGCCCCGCUGCCGGUCGCCAAGCAGCUACUGCACAUGUGUCUGCACGACGGCGGCGGGCCUCCGGGGCCCGGCGAGCUGGCCGAGGAGAGAACCGAGUUCCUGCACAGCCAGAACUCACCGUCAUCCCGCAGCUCCCUGUCGGAUGAGGCCCCGGUCCUGCCCAACACCACCCCAGACCUCCUCCUGGCCGCCACGGCCAAGCCAUCAGCACCCAGUGCUGGCAGGGAGACACCCCCUGCCCAGGAGGGGACGUGCAGCCCCAGCGCCCGUGAGGACCGGGUGGCCCCGACCCCGGAGCUGAGGGCCUCCUUCCUGCCGCGAACCUUGUCUCUGCGGAACUCCAUCAGCAGAAUCAUGUCGGAGGCGGGCGGCGAGACGCUGGAGGAGGAGUGGCAGUCCAUCUCCGAGAUCGCCUCCACCUGCAACACCAUCCUGGAGUCGCUGUCCCGUGAGGGACAGACCAUCCCAGAGAGCGGAGAUGCCAAGGGAACCCCCAAGUCUGAUGCUGAGCCAGAGCCCGGGAGCCUGUCGGAGAAGGUGUCUCACCUGGAGUCCAUGCUCAGGCAGCUGCAGGACGAUCUGCAGAAGGAGAAGGCGGACCGGGCGGCGCUGGAGGAGGAGGUGCGGAGCCUGCGGAACCUGCAGCUGCAGGCUGAGUCCCAAGGCCUGCUCCUGGCCUCCCAGCAGCUGGGCUCGCCCGCCACCGACCUGGCCUGAGCUGGCUGGUCCAGCCUGAGCUUGGACCUCUGGCAACUGCCCAGGCGCUCAGGGUGCCUGGGUGACCCGGGCCCUGGGCCUUCCUCAGGAAUUCGCCCGCGUGUUAGCACUGCCCCCCCUGCCCGGACCCUUAUUUGGUGGCAAAAUACUCCCGCAUCCCUGUUUGUAUAUAUUCCGUGAAGGGAAAGGGCUGCGGGCAGUAAAGAAACCACCACUCUGUGCGUC